CGAGGGUAAACAAGGAACAAUCAUGUAGUCUUCUUAUACAGGAAUAAUGUCUUCCGGUGGGGGAAGGUGAGCCCAAAAGUAGAACUUCCUGACUUCCCGGGGCACCAUAGCUAGGCCCCAUAAAACAGACUUAAAGUCGGUCGCAUCGACAAGUGUAUCGCGAAUUAUGGAACAGAUGAUGGGUGAUUUGAUCUCUCCGUCAGAGUUUUUGUACCAUCGGAAAAGGAUCCGGUCUCCGUCUUCCACCAAGGAGGACCGUCCAACCUGGCCAAGCAUCGUCGAAACUACGCGGUUGGGAUCCCCGUGAGAUUUUGUAAUUUUCAUCCUCCAGAAUUGCAAGGAACUUGCGAUAAUCUCGGCUGCAUCCGGCGACAGCGUGGGGUCAAUUGCGGUUGCGAGUUCCGUUACGGCGUCGAGAGUCCGAUAUUCAAGCUCAUGUCCCUCUAGAAUGGCUAGACCUGUCCGAACGAUGCGCUGGAAAGGAACAGCGCCAGUGUUAUGCAGAAAUGCCUCUUGAAAGGCUGCUACAAGAAAUUGCCGGUGCACCAGGCUGGAUUCAGCGUAUCUGAAAGCUAGCACGCUGCGGUUGAACGCCUUGCAGAACAGCAUCUUCUUUCUCACACUGCCGUCUGCCCAGUACACAAUAUGGUGCAGGAUCUCGAAAGGAAGUCUCUUGCCCAUUGUGAUGCAGCCGGAAGACAUGGCGUGGUGGUGGGUAUUCUUCCAACUUUUUCGAUUGAGGUGACGGCUCGGAAACCCGCGCGGGUCAAUUUGGUAUUAAUCACGUGAAGGUUCGGGCUAGAAUGUCGUUAUGGUGUGAGCGCCUUCCCCACAUACCUUCGUCCACUUCCCUACUGUUGCCAUGCACGUCUUCGUGCACGACGCCAGGUCCUUAAAGGACGUGCUUGUCGACUUCCUAAAAGUAGCGAGAUUCUUCAAGGUACUUCUGUGUUCAAAGUCUUCAUCGACGCAAAGAUUCCGUUUGUACAAAGCGACAUCGACGACGACGAAGACCUACUUCCCCCAGCGUAUUUCGAGCCCGACUCAGCAAACGUCCUAGCCCGCCUGCAAGAGAUAAACGAUGUCUUCCUUGCGACCACCUGGGGACACCUUAAUGUCAUGUGCGUUGAAGGCCCUUGGCUAUACGUAAAGGGCAUUGAUGCACACCCAAAGUGGCAGGCCGCAGUCAUAUCCGAAUUGACGCCCGCUGCGUUGCCCAAUCUCCCCGACUUUAUUGAAAACAGGGCAGCACUCACCCGCAUUGAUAUCCAAUUCGUUGGCCUCACAACCGUCCCUCGUCCUCGCAAGCACCAUUUUCCGCCAUCAAAAUCUCCUAGACGUCACCUUUAGGUUGCCAUCUAUGACCGACCGCAACGAUGCGAUAUGGGUGGCGGACCUUAUGCAAGCUCUCGCUCGCAAGGUUAACAUGCGAUUAAAGUUGUACCUGGACGAGACCCUGACCACUUUGGGGACGUUGGCCGAGAUCAUGAAGUCCAUGUCGUUGCCGAGCAAUAGUAUGAACUCGAUUCAACUCUUGACUACCACGACUAAAAAUGGGACCUCCUCCCUAGUGCUGAGCGUCGACAAAAUCAAGCCCCACGUCAUCGAAACCCUCAUGGUCAAUCUUACCUUUUGGCCCCACCAUCCCUUGUUCGCCUCCGCGCUGAACGGUGUGCGCACAGGGAAAGACGACAGGCCUUGUUUUACUGCAGUUACUCCCAGGUCAUCCUUCCACAUUCUUCAUUCCGCCCUGCAAAAUGACGGGCUGCGAGUUUACCAGGUUCUUAUUCUUGACAACCUGAUCCGUGCCGGCGGUGAAUUCAAUCAGGUGCUUCGAGUCCCGCCGGUGGCUCUGGAUAAUAGAUAUCUUGAGGGAAUCUUUGAUCAACGCCGAAACGUCGUCCAUCGGAACGAUUGGCACAAAUCCUCCUGCUCAUCGUUGCGCAUCUCCUCUUAACAGAUGCUGAUACAAAUGCAUGCUGGAAGAUUACGUCGCUGAUACCCUUACUCUUGUGAGAAAUAGAUGAUGUUGUCGCUGGUCGUAGAUUCGGAAUGGGUUCACGCAUUCAACUGUUGUACGAGGGGGGAUUUCCCCUCGUGAAGCACUGGGAGAUAUCGCCGUCGUCUCUGGGCUAUCGUUAGCCCAUCCCAACAUCGGCCGAUCUGAAAUCGGAUCUCAUGGCCGAAAGGUGCUUUCUCCAAGAAAAAUCUUUCAGUCUUCGUUUAGGCAGGCACAUCUCUGAUGCUUGGUGAUGGGAGAUAGUACGUAUGGCGGUUCUCUGGACCAAAUCUUGUUAUUGGUGAUUUCGGUCUUCUGCUCUUCUCUUGCACUGUAGGAGAGACAUCCCUGGUUUGAUUUUUUUCGAGUACCGAUGGAGCCCUUGCCCUUUAGUAAAGCAUACGCCUAAAAACUGGCCCUGCGCAUCAGGUCAAAAUCGUAUUGCUGAUUGCCCGGCAAGACGAGACCUGUUCCAUCGGUGUUGGAAAUGAUUCAUCGCUGGAUCCGUGAAAGAUUGCCAGAGGAAUACCAGUUGCAACUCUUUGCCCUCCUCUAAUAUUUUAAGUUGCCGCUCGCUUAUUUGCAUACCACUUCAGAACCAUUGGCCAUCCAUUCUCCGGUUCCGGACUGUGGCCAUCAAUUUCCCAGAUCCCGCAAAAGAGUUGUGCUCACCGACUGCCACUCAGCAUCAUCCUUCAGGAGAUCGCAGAGACGGCAGGCCAGCUAGCCAUAUUCCUAAUAUCUGAGUGGUGGUAGAGGCCAACACCUGUGACCUUGCGUUUAUUAAUUGCCACGUCUUCUUCAUUGUAUUCUUCCGAGGAAGCGGAUCUUAUUCACUGCAAAGUGAUACUUGACUUCAAGCUAGUUGGGCCUUAUCCGUGCGACCCGGAACAGAUGCUCCAACCGCACUUCAAAAGAAUCUGAGUAUGCGAUAAUGUCAUCCACAUACAUGGGAAGUCCAUGGAGGUAGCGAAGACAGUGUAGUCCUUAUGGACUUUCUUGAUAUCGAUAUGGCAGAAACCCCUUGCCCGAGCCUCAUGGAUGUCAACCACAAUUCUUUCAGCAAGGUACUCCAUGGUGGCAUCCCCCUAUACUCGCCGCAAAAUCAGGCAUCCGUCGCGUUUCUCUGGCUAGCGUCAUCCUCUAACAAGCAUAACGACCGAACUUCAUCAGCAAGCAAGCCAAUCACUUACGCAUUCAUGGGCAUCCACUCCGUGAAACGACGGUCACAGGCAGUCACAAAAGUCAUCCAUGUCUCUCGCGCACUCACGCUCCAUCACUUGUGAACAAUACUAUCCCACCAGAGACAAGACAUUUGCGCAACCCUCUCAUGUAGUAAUAUCAUCGAUUUACACUCGCAAGCACAAGGACAAUAUCUCGCCGUUCUGACUUACCAUGCAAAUCAUUACCAAGUCGGCAAAGACAACAACUGCAUUAACAGGCCAUGUACGGUGGUACUCAUGACCAUCAGUCCUUGGACCUUCGCAAGGAACAGGAGGAGGUGGCGCUCGCAUGGAUCAUGUCCAUCCGGCGCUUCGAGCGGCAUUAUGGCCAUUCAAUUUAGCUCUUUAAAAUGCACUUCCGAAACCAUGAGACAAGGCCGGCAAUGUGGAGGGGAUACAUGAUGGCGUUAUAUCAAAGUUCCAUCGCUAGUGUUUGGGUAUGGAUCACGGUCAGAGGCAGCUCUCUGUCAUGCAUCAAGACGCGUGGGUCGGAUAAAGUUAAAGUACUUUGCAAGCAGGAAUCGAUUGGCACAUAACCACUCUGUACAAGAUGGAACCUGACAGCCACGCGAUAAGCAGAUAUCCAAAGUCGAAUCCGCUUUGUGAAAAGUGGACCUUUGCCACGCCGCUUUGGGCCAUACGAUGCAGUAAAGUGGCCCUGGCUUGAGGAAUCGGACCAGGUCGUCUCUUAUACGGGGGAGGCGACUAUGCAUACCAGAACCAUGCAGACAACGGUACCUUCAACUUUUCUCGGUCAUCACAGAGAUUGGACCCAAUUAUCCUGGAAAGCGAUUGCUGAGAAGUGCCGGGUCUCGGCCAGCAACGAUGUGCGCUGCACCAACGUAAGAUCACACACUCAACGACGAAACAAGGGUCCC